AUGAAGUGCGGCGGCUGCGUGUCGGCGGUCAAACGCACCCUCCUCCGGCAGCCGGGCAUCUCCAGCGCCAGCGUCAACCUGGUGCUGGAGGGGGCGGUGAUCGAGGCGCGAGACGAUGAGGCGACGGUGCGUGCGGUGCGCGCCCUGGCCUCGGCCGGAUUUCCCUCCAUCAUUCGGCCCAGGGAGGCUCACGAUCUGCGUGGCAGGGGCGCAGAGAAGGAGGCUGCCAGGGAGGAGGAGCUGCUGCAGAGCACCUGGAACGCCGCCAUCUCGUGGGGCCUGGCGUCUGCCUGCCUCCUGCACCAUGCCGGCCACGCUUUACACGCUCUGGGUCUGACCAUGCAUGCCCACUCCGGCGUGUGGGGCUGGCUGGGGCAUCCCUACGUGGGCGCUGGCAUCGGAGCGGCUGCCCUGGCUGGACCUGGUCGCACCCUCAUCGUCAAUGGAGCUCGAGCCCUGUCCAGGGGUCACCCCGACAUGAACUCCCUGAUAGCCCUGGGCGUGGCCACUGCCUUUGGGACAGGCCUCGCCAGUGCGUUUGUGCCGGGCAUCCCCUUGGACGCCAGCCUGCUGGAGGAGCCGGUGAUGCUGCUCGCCUUUGUGCUGCUGGGUAGGACAUUGGAGGCGCGGGCUCGCAAAAAGGCCUCUGUGGACCUCAGCGCGCUGUCCAGUUUGAUCCCGGAGCAGUCCCGGCUCGUGAUCGACGACGGUGAGGGCAGCGGUGCCUCGCGCCAGGUCCCCACCGACAUCCUGCGCCGCGGCGACGUCAUCCUGGUGCUGCCCGGGGAGCGAGUGCCUGUGGACGGCGAGGUGGUGGAUGGCAGGGCCUCCCUGGACGAGUCGCUGGUGACCGGCGAGAGCAGGCUGGUCCCCGCCGCCCCCGGGGCCAGGGUCAAGGGUGGGGUCGUGUGCCACGAGGGUGUGCUGCGCGUUCGCGCCAGCGCCAGCGCCGCGCUUUCCACCGUCUCCGGCAUCGCGCGCAUGGUGGAGGACGCGCAGGCACGCGAGGCUCCCGUCCAGCGCCUGGCCGACGCGGUGGCGGGGCGCUUCUGCUUCGGCAUCAUGGCCGACGCCACGCUGGCCCUGGCCGCCGCGCUGGAAUCCGUCACGCGGCACCCGCUGGCGGAUGCCUUCAUCGACGCCGCGCGCGCCAGAGGCCUGGCCAUCCCCUCUGCCAGCGAGGUCACGACGGUGGCGGGGGAGGGGGUCUGGGGCGUCGUGGACGGCGCCGUCACGGCGGUUGGCCGGCAGGCCUGGGGGCUGGGCCAGGUGUGCUCCGCGCUGGACGCGGGCCGCGCCGCGCUGCGCACCAUCCGCCAGAACCUGGGCUGGGCGGUGGGCUACAACGCGGUGGGCGUGCCCCUCGCUGCCGGGGCGGCGCUGCCCAGCCUGGGCCUCGCCAUCUCGCCCUCCCUCGCCGCGGGCUUCAUGGCCUUCAGCUCCAUCGCCGUGGUGGGGAACAGCCUGCGCCUGCGCGAGAGGAUCGCAGGCAGGCCGGCGACGUGA